AUGAGUCCGCCCAUCUCCGUGCCGCCAUUCUUCCACCAGUGCGACACCAGCGACGUCCUGUCACUUGUCGUCGGAAUGAUGAAUCGGCUCAUAGCCCACAACGACGGAAUACCGCUAACACACGACAACCUCACCCGAUUCCACUCGCGGGCUGCUCCCAGCAUAUCCGUGCUCGACUACUUGCAACGAAUUGUCCGAUACGCCUCGAUCGAAAAAUCCGUGCUGCUGCUGCUACUGAUCUAUAUCGACCGCAUCUGCGAGAUCCAUCCAUCUUUCACCAUCUCGAGUCUGACAUCACAUCGGUUUCUCAUCUCGGCCAUCACCGCCGGCAGCAAGGCGCUAUCGGACAUAUACUGCACCAACACGCACUUUGCCAGGGUCGGCGGAGUUUCUGUUCAAGAACUCAAUCUGCUGGAGCUCGAGUUUUGCCAGAUGAUCAACUGGCGCCUCUCGUGCUCGGUCGAACUGCUGCAGCAAUACUACAUCAACCUUGUGCGGACAAACCCCAACUUCACGCUGGCCACGGUCACUUACGACAUGUCUCCGGCUGAACAGCUCUCGUCCUCUGUCUCGAGUCAGGACUCGCGGGAGCCACACUCGACCACUCCCGACCCUGCCUUCUCGCCCUCCCGAAACGCCACAUCGGUGAAUCCCAGUGUUCCCACCAGCACCAUCGGCGGCUCGGGCAACUCGCGCAAGUCGACCCACUCUAAUUUAUCACACAUCACCACGUCCUCGUCAUACACGAAUGGCUCGACGCACUCCAGCAUGUCUGGUUACAGCGCCGAGUCCGAAUCGGCCAAUUCGGUAUAA